UUACCACUACUUCUGGUGAAACCACCGAUGAGGUCACAGAGACUCCUGUGGUUCAAGAAAGCACUACAGACGUCAUCGAGGAAACUAGUACGGCCGCUUCUAUUGCUGUUGACACCACCGAAAUAACCAGUACCGCCAUUGUAACCGAUGAAGUAGCCACCACUACUGCAGCUACCGCCACUGAUGAGAUCCCUGUUUCCACUACUGCUGAGGAGGCCACCGAUGCCUCAGCGACCACGGAUUCUCCAGUUACGGCUACCGCUGUCGCCACCACGGCCGAGGUCAUCACCGAGGCCCCGGCUACCGCUGUCGCCACCACGGCCGAGGUCAUCACCGAGGCCCCGGCUACCGCUGUCGCCACCACGGCCGAGGUCAUCACCGAGGCCCCGGCUACCGCUGUCGCCACCACGGCCGAGGUCAUCACCGAGGCCCCGGCUACCGCUGUCGCCACCACGGCCGAGGUCAUCACCGAGGCCCCGGCUACUACCAUUGAAGCGAUUAACGCUGAGACUACUUUCAGUCCGAGUACGUAG